CAACAUGCUUAUCCCGAUUCCUACAACCACACCCAUGCCAAUGUGAAUAGCGCUGCCAGCUUCCAGCCUGCGCAGUCUACCACUCCCUCGAACGCGCCCUCGACCGAGCAGAAGAAUGGCAUUGCCAAGGAUGAGGUUGGUUGGUACUUUGUCGAGCAGUACUAUACCAACAUGAGCCGUAGUCCGGAGAAGCUCCAGUUCUUCUAUUCCAAACGCUCUCAAUUUGUCUUUGGAACGGAGGCGGAGAGCGUCCCGGUUGCAGUGGGUCAGAAGGUAGGUGCACCUCAUUUGAGCGAGUCAUCGCAUCAGCGCUAUCGGGAAAAAAGCAAUUUCUGACGAUAGAUGUAUUUCAAGGCUAUCAAUGAGAAGAUUAAGCAGCUGGACUUCCAAGACUGCAAAGUCCGUGUGUUGAACGUUGAUUCGCAGGCCUCGUUCGACAAUAUCCUCGUCUCCGUCAUUGGCGAAAUCUCCAACAAAUUGGAGCCUUCGCGCAAGUUCGUGCAGAGCUUCGUUCUGGCCGAGCAGCCUAAUGGAUACUAUGUCCUCAACGACAUCUUCCGGUACCUGGUUGAUGUUGAAGAGGAGCUGGAGACCGAAGAGGCUGCCCCCGCUGCUGCUCCCAUCGCUCCAGCUGAAGAGCCUGCUGCUGAAGAGCCUGCUGCUGAAGAGCCCGUCCAGCCUGAGGCUGAGCCUGAGGCUGUCCCUGCUCCGGCUGCGGAGGAGCCCCAGGCUGAGGAGACUCAGGUCGACAACGAGACAGCUGCUGCUCAGGUUGACCAGAAGCUUGAGCAAGCCGAGCAGAAUGUCGAGGAAGUACCCGCUGAGCAGUCGGUUCCCAAGACCAAUGGCGCUGAGGUUCAGGAGGCCCCAGUUGAGGCUGCCCCCGAGGCCUCUGAGUCCAGCGUCGCUGUCGAAGCGCCCAAGGUUGAGGAACCCGGGACCCCCGAGCCCACUCCUGCUCCUGAGCCGAAGGAGGCCCCUGCCCCCGCUAAGGAGAGCGCACCCGCGGCCAAGGCUCUUCCUAAGACCUGGGCCAACAUCGCAUCCAAGUCUGGCGCUGCUGUACCCGUGGUUCCCGCCAUUCCUGUCGCUCCAGUGAAGCCUGCGGCUGCCCCUGCCCCUGCCCCUUCAGUUGCUUCUGCCAGCUCGUCCCAAGCCGCCGCCCCAGCUCCCGCCCAGGCUCCGGCUCCGGUUCACGCUGCCGAGUCCGCUCCCAGCCAGCCCCCCUCUAACGAUGGAGCCGGUUGGCAAACCGCUGGGCACGACCACAAGAAGUCCCAGUCUCGCGCGGCCGAUGAGCAGAAUGUUCUCGCUUACAUCAAGAACGUCACUGAGAAGGUCGAUGCCAGCUUGCUCAAGCAGACUCUUUCACGCUUUGGCAAGCUCAAGCACUUCGAUGUGAGCCGCCAAAAGGUUUGCAUUUACCCCCAACUGGUCCUAUGUUUCCAUGUGAUUGUCGACGCUAACCUUCUCUGUCCUCUAUGUAGAACUGUGCCUUUGUUGAAUUCGGCGAUGCGGCCGCCUACAACGCCGCUGUUGCUGCCAACCCCCACCAGAUCGGAACCGAGCAGAUCUAUGUUGAGGAGCGCCGUGCUCGCACUAAUGCCUACGGUGGUAACGGUAGCUACGCUGGUCGCGGUGGCGCUGGCCGUGGUCGUGGAGACCGUGUCGGCAGCCAGGGUCGCGGCGGCUUCCAGCGUGAUGGUCGCGGAGGCUUUGCUCCUCGUGGCCGUGGCGGCAAUGUCAAUGCCAAGGGUCGCAACCAAACCCAAACUGCUUAAAGCUGCAAAUACGUCCUGACGAACAAAGAAACCAAAAAAACAGAAAAAGAAAAAGAAAAAACUAUCACUUCUUCAAAGUCUCAACUACCUCCACGAAUCCAGGUUUCUUGCCUGAGGAAUGACGGAAAAUUUUUCAGUGAGGUCAAAACUGUCCAUGGCCUUCUCCUUCUCUCCUGUAUCUCUUCAAUCUCUUCAUCUGGUCAUCAAUGAUUUUCUCUAGCCCUUCCAUCCUGGUUUCAGACCAUUCUAUGUUUUUAGAUGCUCACGGCGAUCCAGGACAUGUAUUACUUCCCCCCUCCUCCUUUCCCAUUUACUGAAUAAUGACAUGUGUUAUGUGGCCCUGCUCUGGCACGAUGCAUAUUAGCGGUUGGAAAAGUUGUCUUAUCAUUUCCUAAGUG